UUAGGUAAGUAUGUGUGUUCUCCACCAUCACGCCGAAUAAACUUAUUUAAUUCGUAUUUCGUCGUUAACAGCAAUCGUGUGCUUUUAACCGUUCAAAAUGUCAUCUCUAGAGGAGUCGUCUGUAUUAAAAGAAGAUGCGAUAGAGGACACUGACAAAAAUAUAAAAGAGAGGCCAUCUAGUGAAAUAAAUGAUUUUCAACAAGAAGAAAUCCUUCAGGAAUACCAACCAUCGGAAGAAUCGUCAAAGGACGAAACUGAGUCUACCGAUAAACAAACUGAAAAAGAAGGGCCUUCUGAAGAAACUGUUGAAAUACAAUGUGAGGAAGGACACAAAGAAGGGACAGAACAACCUCAAUCAAUAGAAGAGGAGCAAGAAUCCUCUAAGAAGAAAUCCGAGCUCCAAUUUCAGAAACUCGAAAUAUGUCAAAAGCACGCGGAGUCUAGUUGUGAAACAGAGAUUGAAACGUGCCGUAUCUCAGAACAACCUCAAAAGCAGUUAACAUCAGAUCGUGAAGAUGAGUCUGAAUUUAAGAAAGAGACAGAAAAAAAUCAGACACAUUUAGAUUUGGAUAGUGAGACAAAAACUGAGAAGAAAUUAGAAAAAGUAGAAGUUAAUGAAGUUGGGGAAACACUAAAAGAAAAUUCCAAGUUAACCGAAAAAGGUGAGAGGAAGGAAUUAGAGGAUCAGUUGCAAGAGGCUAAAGCCAGGGAAGCCAAGGCCGUUGCUGAAUUGAACCAGAUAAAAAAAGAAGAGCUUAAUUGCCAAAAAAUUAUGGAAAAAUACGAAAAAACAAUAGUUACCUGCCUUGCUGACUAUCAGAAGUUGAGAGAAGAACAUGAAACAACGACACGUCAUUUAGCCAAUAUUGAAUUGGUGUUUUCUGAUCUACAUCAAAAAUACGAGAGAACUAAAGCUCUGUUGGAAGGAUUUAAAUCGAAUGAAGACACUUUAAAUGCCGCUCUGCAGGCUUCCGAGAAAACAAUUAAGCUAAACGAGGAGAGGUAUGAGGCGUUAAAAGCGCACGCAAGAGAACAAAUAGAAAAAUCCAACAAGGAGAUACUCAAGCUAUGGAACAAGUACGAAACGGAUGUUAAUAAACUUAAGACUCUUAUUAAACGCUUCGAAAUUAAAUGCGGUUCCUUAGAAAUUUCUCUACAACAGAAAACUGAGGAAUGUGCUGCUUUGGCAACUCUCUGUGAUGAGGUUACAGGAAAGAAAGUGUAA